UUUCAUCCAGAAUGUAUUUGUAAUCUCAACUCGGAAGGACGCUAUUGUGAAAUUCAGCUAAAUUUAAGAAAUUUUUAAAGAAAUUACUCGAAAAUUUACGUUAAACGUCAGAAAAAUGAAUCCUUCAAUCGCUUCAUUCGCUAUCAAAAUGCACGAACAAGGCAUUUUCGGAAACGGCACAAAUCUGACAAAAAUUCAAAAGCUAUUCGCUAAAAUUUCUGUUUUUAAAAAUUUUGGUAUGGCUAGUUCCGAUGCACGGCUUGUCGAUGAAUCGAACGCUAUUCAAAAUGCUUUGGAAGCUGAGAUCGAUAAAGCAACUCCGAAUCCCGAUUCGCCAGAUUACAAGAAAUUCCUUGCCAUGAAAGCAAGUGCUAUUGGCUACAAAUCCGAAGAAGAAAGAGCAAAAACGCUUCCUGAUGCCCUCGCAGCUUUAGAACCGAUCAAAUUCGAUCCGGAAGUUUCUUUGACUUACGUCGUUGCAACACUUCAACUGGCAAACAAAGUAGAAAAUGCUGAUUAUUUCUUGAAUGCUGAAGCUGUUUACGAUCAUUACAAGAAAAACGGAACUCCCUGUCUGUCGACUUAUCAAAUUUUUGGUGCAAAAAUUUCUUGCAUCGAGGAGGAGAACGAAACGAUCGCCUUGAAUUUUUUCGAGGCAUUUUUGACUUUGAAGAACGACGCCUUGCAACGUAAAUACGUGUUGCCGGCAAUUAAAUCUCAAUUCGACCGGUCAUUAACGAGGGCAAAACUUGGAAUCUUUCAAUUCAAGUUCGAGAAAUUUCUUCCGACGGUUAAGCCUCACAUUGAAUGUUUGAUUGCAUCACAUUAUUUCGCCCAACUUGACCAUCUUUUGUCGAUUUUUAUGUUUCACCUAGUGAAAGCUGGACGUGCUACGGGUUUAUCGACCGAGGAACAACUCAUGAUUGAUUCGGGAAAAGCCGCAGUCUCAUCUUGGUACACACUGUGGGCUCGCAAACUGAUUCUUAGUGCAAAAGCGAUGGAAACUGACCCGGAUUAUGUCGCGCAAAACCCAAUUCGCACCGAAAUGUUUCGUUAUGAUGAGUUUUGGGAGCCUGGCGUGGAAAUUUACGAGAAUCAGUUCCCCAUUGAGUUCAUUCGGAAUGAAAAGGAAUGGAAAAAGGUCAUGAACAGGGGAAAAUUGUGGUGUCAACGUGCAGCUCAAUAUUUUGAAAGCAAUACUGCAGUUGCCAUGGCUUCUAAUUUCUACCGGACAGACGAAAAGGAAGAUUUUAGAGAUUUAUUGAAACUUUUCAACGAGGGUCGAACCGUCAAACCUGAAUUUUUGAACUGAUUUACAUUUUUUUUAAUGUAAAAAGCGAAACUUGAUUGAAUUCAAUUUGAAUUGAAAUAUUUUGUAAGAAUUUUUUUAUGUUCCUUUUCUGAAAGUGAAAUAAAAUUGCUUGGACAGUAUU